AUGCCUUCGAGCCCUCAUUUCUGGAAUCUUAAAAAAUUCGGCCCCCGGAAGCCAGAACCUCAACUGCUUCUCCAACCGCCCAAUCAAGAAUCUCUAAAAUCCGGCAUAUCCCCAGAACUCCAACCCUACCUCGACCACCUCUCAACACGCCUCCAGCCCCUCGUAUCCUGCAUCGAAGGCCGAGCCCACCCGGACUUCCCAAACACCCUCCUCCAAUACCACCUCCUCACCGCAACCCAACUCGACAAUCUCGCCUGUCAUUACCACCAAAUCUCACCCCCAGUCCCAGAAUCCGCGUGCUACCCCAUCCAACGUCGUCGCUUCGGCCGCUUCAUCGGGCUACAGGGCUGCGAGUCCCCUGUUGAAGCGCAGGGUAUGCCAUGGGUAUAUGACCCGACGUUAGAUCACAGUGAAUCAUUCCUUGAUGAGGGAGUGAUAGAUCCGCCUUUGAUGGCUAAGACUGAGGCUGUUGAUCAGAUGCUUGAACGCAUGGAGCGGGAGUGGGAGGAAGCGUUGGCGUUGGCACAGGAGGAUGAGAACCGGCUAGGCCUAUUUUUAGGCUAUAAGUGA